AAACCCGUGUACGACACAUCCUAUAUAAACUGGAUAUGAGAUUAUGGACUGGAUCAGAUCUGCUGUCAGUCAACCGCUGUGAGCAUGGCUGCCAAGGACAGGACAGUGGUGCUGAGUCUUCUCCUCUGCUUCAUACUGGGCUCACUCAGUCCAGCUCUGUGUUCCCAGACAGGCUGUUGUACGAGAUACAACAGGAAGCCAGUGCCGUUUCAGGUGAUCAAGGGCUACAGAGAACAGUCAGCCAAGGAAAACUGUCACAUUGAAGCCAUCAUCCUCUACACGGUGAGGAACAAAGAGGUGUGUGUGACUAAGAGGGACGAGUGGGUGAGAAACACUCUGGAACUACUCAGCACCAAACUGAAGAAGAUGUCCAAGGAGAGCUCAGGACCUGUGAUGAAGAGAAGAAGUCCAUCUAAUGAUGGGAGUGGAUCCUUCUUCAGCACCACAGACACUGACAGCUACUAUUAGUCUGUCUGUACUUCAAAAAGCCAGCUUCAAAUCAAGCCCUGUAGUCAAGUCAUAUUAUUGAUACUGCAUCUCUGUUUAAGCCUAAAAAGCCUUGUUGUUGUUGUUGUUGUUGUUGUUGUUAUUGUUGCUUAACCCGCAGGAAUACUCAAGUGUUAGCAUUUAGCUCUGAGGCCGAGCCUCUUUAUUCUGCUUUUGUUGCCUCUCCAUUAAAAUCCUGCUUCAAUCAGCUGCAUGUGCUUCCACAUAAACAAUAUAUACCAAAUAAAUCCACUCAAUACAAGAAAACCA